UUAAUAUUUUUCUUAACAUAAAAAGAAUAAUAUUAUUAAAAAUAUAUGUAUUUCCUCCAUUUAUAAAUAAGCUUAUAGCUCUCUUCCUCCUUCUCACACAGUACAAAACCCAAAACCCAGAAACAAAAGAGUGAGUUUCUGUAAUUUCCAAAAGCCAACACCAUGGUUCUCUCCAAGACUUUCUCAGAGUCCGAUGUAUCCAUCCACUCCACGUUCGCUUCUCGAUAUGUUAGAACCUCUCUUCCCAGGUUCAAGAUACCGGAGAAUUCGAUACCAAAGGAGGCAGCGUACCAGAUCAUAAACGAUGAGCUGAUGCUCGAUGGCAACCCUAGACUGAACUUGGCGUCGUUCGUGACGACGUGGAUGGAGCCUGAGUGUGAUAAGCUCAUCAUGGACUCCAUUAACAAGAACUACGUCGACAUGGAUGAGUACCCUGUUACCACUGAGCUCCAGAACCGGUGUGUGAACAUGAUAGCACACCUAUUCAAUGCACCGCUGGGCGAAUCAGAAACAGCGGUGGGAGUGGGAACGGUGGGGUCCUCCGAGGCCAUCAUGUUGGCAGGUUUGGCGUUCAAGAGGAAGUGGCAGAACAAAAUGAAAGCCCAAGGCAAACCCUUUGACAAGCCCAACAUUGUUACCGGAGCCAAUGUCCAGGUGUGCUGGGAGAAAUUUGCAAGGUACUUUGAGGUGGACUUGAAGGAGGUGAAGCUAAGGGAUGGUUAUUAUGUGAUGGACCCCGAGAAAGCUGUGGAGAUGGUUGAUGAGAACACCAUCUGUGUUGCUGCAAUUCUCGGUUCAACUCUCAAUGGAGAAUUCGAGGAUGUAAAGCUCCUAAAUGAUCUCUUGGAAAAGAAGAAUAAGGAAACAGGGUGGGAUACUCCAAUCCAUGUGGACGCAGCAAGUGGAGGGUUUAUAGCACCAUUUAUAUACCCAGAGCUUGAAUGGGAUUUCAGGCUUCCAUUGGUGAAGAGCAUCAAUGUGAGUGGGCACAAGUAUGGGCUUGUGUACGCUGGAAUUGGGUGGGUCAUCUGGAGGACCAAAGACGACUUGCCUGACGAACUCAUUUUCCAUAUUAACUAUCUUGGAGCUGACCAACCCACUUUCACCCUCAACUUCUCCAAAGGUUCCAGCCAAGUUAUUGCUCAGUAUUAUCAGCUCAUUCGUUUAGGUCAUGAGGGUUAUAGGAACGUGAUGGAAAACUGCAGGGAAAACAUGAUAGUGCUUAAAGAAGGAUUGGAGAGGACAGGAAGGUUCAACAUUGUCUCAAAGGACAAUGGAGUACCAUUGGUGGCUUUCUCAUUGAAAGACAACCAGCGCCACGACGAGUUCGAGGUCUCUGACUUCCUUCGUCGCUUUGGAUGGAUUGUUCCGGCCUACACCAUGCCGCCGGAUGCUCAGCACGUGACGGUGCUUCGUGUUGUGAUCAGAGAAGAUUUCUCUCGUACUUUGGCUGAGCGCCUUGUGAUUGAUAUUCAGAAAGUUCUGCAUGAACUCGACACCCUGCCUGCCAAGAUCAAUGCCAAGUAUUCGGAUUCUGGUAAUGAGGAGGUUGUGAAAGUUAAUAAUGGUAACUUGGUUACCAAGAAAAGUGAUAUUGAGACUCAAAGGGAGAUCACUACCAUUUGGAAGAAGUUUGUGUUGGAAAGGAAGAAGAUGAACGGUGUGUGUUAAUCCUUACGACCGACGGUUAUUGUAAUUAUCUAAAUCGAUUGAGUGUGUUAUUAAUCCUCAUGCAUUCAGUAACUGAGGUGCUAUUUUUUGUCUCCUUUAUUUAUUUUGGAGGGAUCGGAUACUAAAUCAUAUUGUGUUAUUGUUUUGUAUGACGAUUUGUACUCUUAUAAAAGCUAUUUCUCUAUAAUAUUAUAUAUUUUUGUAUUGUCAAA